AUGCAGAGGAAGAGAGAACUUGGCAUUGGGAUCGUUCCAUUUAGUCCUUUAGGAAAGGGUUUCUUCACUUCAGGUCCACAGAUGGUUGAGAAAUUGCCUGAAAAUGACUUCAGAAAGCUAGCAUUGGACUGGGUCCAUCAACAAGGGGACGAUGUUUCUCCCAUACCUGGCACCACCAAGUUUGGAAAUUUCAACCAGAAUGUUGGAGCUUUAUCUGUAAAACUGACACCCGAUGAAAUGUUUGAGCUUGAAUCUAUUGCUACAGUUGAUGCAGUAAAGGGUGAUAGGUAUUCAUCUCCACACAUGGCUCUCACUGGAGAUUUGCAAACACUCCUCCUCUGUCCUCUUGGAAAGCUGAAUGAGGAUGAUCUUCUUGACUUUAAGCACUCACAACAGUAUCGUGGUAAUUGUAGUUGCCAUGGUGAUCGUGGCUUUGGACAACACAACAACAGUGGUUCCCACAAUGGCCAAUUUUCUAGAUCUAGUGGUGGUCGCGGCCUUAAUCGCAAUUCUCACUGUAACAAUAAUUCUAGUUCUGCUCCCAGUAAUUGCAAUCUCUCUGCCAAACUUAGUUUGUCAGCUUCUCUAUCUAGCCCAUCUCACCCGCCACCAUCCUCAACUGUUUUGCGGUCUCCUUUGCCUUUGGUUCGCCCGCAUCAAACCACUUCUGCUACAAUCAGUCCCUCUCAGCCCAAGGCAACAUCGCCCCUGCAUGCUGCCCCGCCAGACACCACAACAAUGCAACCUUCUAAUCUGCCCCACGCAUCUCUCCAUCCGCCUGUUCCAACCAUUGUCCCAGUCGCACCUAUUCCGGCCACAAUUCCUGCCACGCCUGUUCCCACUCACCCAAUGGUAACUUGCUCCUAUGAUGGUACCCGACGUCCCAAAGUGCUAAAUAUUGCCACCAAGCUUCCACAGUGUUAUAUCACUCUGUUGACUUAG